AUGACAACCGACACGAGGCGGCGAGUGAAGCUGUACGCCCUCAACGCAGAUCGACAGUGGGACGAUCGAGGAACGGGCCAUGUCACAUCUAGUUAUGUGGAUCGCGUCAAAGGUGUGUCAUUGCUUGUUCAUGCAGAAAACGACGGCUCGAUGUUAUUAGAAAGUAAAAUCCAUCCAGAUACAAUCUAUCAUAAACAACAGGACACGCUCAUCGUAUGGAGUGAAGGUGACAACUUUGAUUUAGCACUUAGCUUCCAGGAAAAGGCAGGAUGUGAUGAAAUUUGGGAAAAAAUUUGUCAGGUUCAAGGGAAAGAUCCAUCAGUAGAAAUAACACAGGAUGUGGUCGAAGAGUCGGAAGACGAACGGUUUGAGGAUAUGUCUGAUUCAGCCCCUCCAAUCGAGCUGCCACCGUGUGAGCUGAGCCGAUUGGAGGACAUAUCUGAGGUGAUUGCCAGCGCUUUAACAUCGGCGAUCCGUAAGGACAAAUUGGCACAGGCUAUUGAGUCUGAAAACUAUAUAAAAAAGUUACUCGGUCUCUUUCACGUGUGCGAGGAUUUGGACAACCAGGAAGGUCUUCAUUAUCUGUAUGAAAUUUUUAAGAACAUUUUUCUGCUGAACAAGAACGGCCUAUUCGAGAUUAUGUUUGCUGAAGACACGAUCUUCGAUGUUGUGGGUUGUCUCGAGUAUGAUCCGUCCGGUAAUCCACCGAAGAAUCAUCGUCAGUAUCUGAGAAAAUUGGUCAAAUUCCGCGAAGCAAUACCGAUCCGCAACACGGAUCUGUUGGCCAAAAUACACCAGACAUACCGUGUGCAGUAUAUACAGGACAUCGUGCUACCAACGCCGUCUGUGUUCGAGGACAAUAUGCUGAAUACGCUGUCUUCGUUCAUAUUUUUCAAUAAGGUGGAAAUCGUGACGCUCAUUCAGGAAGAUGACAAGUUCCUUGAUGAAUUGUUUGCAUUGCUGACCGAUCCGCAGACGCCAGACUCGAAACGUCGUGAUAGCAUACUGUUCCUGAAAGAAUUCUGCAAUUUCGCCCAGUACCUGCAGCCACAGGGCAAGGAAACUUUUUUUAAAACGCUCAUUAGCCUGGGUGUGCUUCCGGCACUUGAAAUUACGCUAGCCAUCAAUGAGAAGCGGACGAAAGCCGCAUCGAUCGAUAUAUUAUCUACGAUAGUUGAAUAUUCACCAUCCGUAGUGCGUGACUAUACCUUACAGCAGUACAAUAAUUCUGACUCGGACGAGGACCAAACGCUGAUCAACAUUGCUAUUGAGCAACUGCUUUCCGAUUCGGAACCGGAACUGGGUGGCGCUGUGCAGCUGAUGACUGUGUUGCGGAUUCUGCUGGACCCGGAGAACAUGUUAAGCUCGGCGAACAAAUCGGAAAAAUCGGAUUUUCUCAACUUCUUUUACAAGCACAGUAUACAAACGUUAAUCGCUCCCCUUCUCCGGCAUACGCAAUCGGAUAAACCAACGAACGAAGACUAUCACGUGGUGCAGCUUCUUGGAGUAGUACUGGAGCUCCUAUCUUUCUGUGUGGAGCAUCAUACGUAUCACAUCAAGAACUGCAUUAUCAACAAGGAUCUAUUGCGAAAAGUUUUAGUCUUGAUGAACAGCGUACACACAUUUCUCGUGCUGGGAGCGCUACGGUUUCUCCGAAAAAUAGUCUCGCUCAAAGAUGAGUUUUAUAACAGGCAUAUUGUCAAGGGAAAUUUGUUUGCACCUGUGGUGGAGGCAUUCAUCCGCAAUGAUGGUAGAUACAAUCUGCUGGAGUCAGCGAUUUUGGAGCUUUUCGAGUUUAUCCGGCUGGAGGACAUUAAGUCGUUGUAUACGUAUUUCGUAGAAAGCUUUGGCAAGUUCUUUGACGAUGUACAGUACGUACAAACGUUCAAGACACUGAAAAACAAAUACGACCAACAGCAGGAUCGCCUAAAGGAAAAGGAGAAAGGAAAUUUAGACAGCGUUCCUUCUAUACUACGGAACAGCAAUCGCUAUCGUAGAGACCAACGGCAAAUGGACGAGAAUGAGGAAGAAUGGUUCAACGAAGAGGAAGAUUACACCGAAAGCUCCGGUAAAACGGGUGCUCCCGAAUUGGACACUACGAUCGGCAAAAUGUUUGAAAAGAAAGCGAUGGACACAACAAGCAGCCUGAAUGGACCGAAGUAUGGUGGAGUGUCAUCGGGUCAUUCACAUCAGCUAUCUUCGCAAGUUCAUGCGGGUGUAACGGCUACUGCAACCUCAGCCGAUGAUAUAGCAGUUACAUCGCACAUGUUGAACAUCAAUAACGGCAGCGAAGGUGAUGAUGACGGAAGCAGCUUGGCAGCGUCUUCCUCGGGACAUCUACCGUUGUCCACACUUGAUCCAAGUAGUCUUUCACAUGCGGUUGCGGCCGCUGCGGCAGCAGCAGCGGCAGUAGCAAGUAACAAUGGCCUUCAAUCGGCAUCGACGGUGGUGGCUAACCAUGACCACCAUCAUGAAGAACAUCAUGCACUGGGCGACGAGGGUGCCAGCAGUGUAAAUUUAACUCCUGCCGAUGAAUCUGCGCUGGAUGACGCUAAUAGUUUAGUAGUGAGCGCUCUAGGAGAGAGUGACCUGUCUUCUGUGUAUCAACUACAGUCAUCUUCGUUGUCUUCCGUCUCUGUAACGGAAGGAGCCAGCGUAACAACAAACGCUACUGCCACUGUGGAAGCCAGUAAUAGUAGCAAUAGCGAAUCGGUCACUUCGCCAGUGUCAUCAUCCAUUCCAGCCACUGCGACCUGUUCCUCUACAAAUGGCACCUUAGUUGAAGAAGGUCCUGCAAGUCCUGGUACUCUCGGGUCACCUGACAUUACCGCCAACACCACUCAUGAAUCAGUCGAAUCUCUCGCCGCUAACGAGGAAGCGAUCAGCUCUAUGCGAUUAGCAUCAGAAGAACUAUUUACAGAAAAUGUGCCCAUUGGGGAGGACAACAAAUCGGUGGAUGUUAAAAUAACGAAUGCCACUGCAAUGGGGUCAAGUAGUAACUGUACCUCCCUUGUGGCAACUGACGAGAGUGGUGUGGACACCGAGGAAAAAAAUGAUGGGCCACGCGGUACGGCAGAUAGUUGUAAAGAUGACGAUGGUAGCAGAGACAUACAAUACGAGAGGAACGAUGAUGUUAACAGUUCAGAAGUGAUGGGUGCAGCAACUUCGUCGUCCUUGUUGAUGGCACCCAUACUCGACUCUGCUCCUGCUGUGGAAGAACCAACUGGUGUGGGAGCAUCUGUGCUGCCUCAAGCAAACGUAUCCUCGUCUAAUGUUGCCGCUUCUUCGGCUUCCGGGUCCACUGUUGUUGGAUUAAAAAAGGCAUUGGUCGAUUAUGAGGGGGAUUCUGAUGACGACGAUGAUGAUGAUGAUAGCAGUAGUCCAGCGCAAAAAAAGCCCAGAAUAGCAUAGCACUGUACGGCUUCAGUCGCGCAUUAUCCUUACAAACAACGCCAUCAAUCAGCAUCAUCGGCGGCGGGUAGCAUAACUAUAAAUAAGUUAAAUACUAUUAGAAUCCACAAUACUACUACAACUACGGCAGUAGCGGUGAGUGAUAGUACUACUGUGUCCUAUACCGUCGUGACUGAUGGUGGUAAUUUCGCGUUUUCCAACGAUUUACCUUGUUCACCUUCGCCGUGCACAAGCGAAGGAAAGGACAGUAGUAUGCAGGCUGGAAUAGAUGAGGUUCGAUGUGUUCCAGCAAUAGAUGGAAGAGACUGUUCAAAUUUAAUGGAAAUAGACACUACCGCUAAUAACGAUGGCAGCGUUGGGCUCGUGCCAAACGGUACGGGGCCCUUGGGAACGACCGAUCAAGGGAAACUGAGUAUAGCAGAAACUUUGUAAAAAAAGGCUUUCAUCUCAUACAUAAACAUUAAAACAAACAUUUGUACGCUAUUUCAUAACCGAAUUGCAUCGUGCGUUUGUGCAUGUAUGCAGUUCCGAGGACUAGAAGGUUGUUUGCAGGAGGCAUUGCGACGCAUGAAAAGGAAAGAAAAGAAUGGAAAAAUUCUUACUAGGACGUACCAAAUUUUUACAUCAUGACGACACGGGUUUUGCUCUUUAACAUUGAUACUGGAAGAGGGUCUCAAACUCAUGCGAUGCGAUCAAACAAAUAUGAAGUUGUCAAUGAAAUUUUGCACCGGCAAAAUAAAACGUCGUAUUGUACAGUUAGUGAUCGUACAGUGCCGUAUUGUUAAUAUACGAAGCAAAGAAAUACAAACAAAAUAGCAGCCAUGAGGCGUCUUAUUAUUUGACACAGUUCUGGAGAGAUUUCGUAGAUGGAAUGCUAAAUUGCUUCUCCGCUGUGUCGUCAAAGAACAUUUGAAUGAUCACGUUAGUGUAAGAUUUUUGUAGUUGCAACUUGUGUUUUGUGGGGAUGGAGAAUUGGGGAAUUAGAGUGAAAAUUAUUUGGACGGAUUAUGUCUGAUAAUCGACGAUCAGCGGAACAAGAUAGAAAACAGAACGACACAAAAUUAUAUAUUAGACGUUAUUGUUUGCCCAUUGAUGCACAUUUGUAGGAGCAGUGAAAUUGCAGAUGAAAGCUAUUGAGAUUUUUUACGUAAAGUAUGAAACAAAAUUAAUUUUGAAUUUCAUAACAAUCGUUUACGGCUAAACAAACGAGGGGAGUAGAGUAUUUACGAAAACGUACGUAUCUUAAGAACAUACUCCAGAAAACAAUUAUGCGCGACUGGUUUAGAUGCAAGGUCAAUAAGACGAAGUGUAGCAUAAGCAUGUUUGAAAAGCGAAGGCAUGAAAUUGCGUUUCAAUGCUACAAAUAGUAUGCCGUGGUGGAGUCUGCAUUGUUUCGUCAACAACGCCUUGACGAAUAAUUCUCUCCGUAUCGCAUUAGAAAUGAUUACUGUAUCUUUCGGUGCGAACUGUCAAUGUUAAGUGUCCACUGCACACGUGCUAUUAUUAAU